AGGCGGCGUGACCACACUGUCCCUUCGAUGGCUGAUUCCGCCUUGGGUAAAGUGUGGAUCUUUUAAACUCACCGCCAGACGAACACAAACUACCGCCAGCGUACCCGAGCACGACUAAUCUCUGUGCCGCUUAUCACCUUUAAAUGCUGCAGGUGGCCUGUUAACAACUAUCAAAAAGACUUGAUGGUGAGCUUGACUACGAUGUGCGGCCACUUGACGGUUUCUUUGUGAGAGGACUGAAGGUCAGCUGUGACCAUGCGUUGCCUGGCUGCCCGUGUCAACUAUAAGACCCUCAUUGUCAUCUGCGCCCUUUUCACACUCCUCACUGUCUUGCUGUGGAAUCGCUGCUCCACUAACACCUCCUUACGUUUCCUGCCUCGGGCUGCUUUGGUGGCACCCAGUCCCAAAGGUGGUGAUGCGAGCAGUCAACAACACCCUCCACAACCUCCAGAACCCCCACCGAUUGUUAGUGGGAGCAAGUAUGAGGACAUCGACUGCCUGAUUAAUGAUGAAUCCACAGUCAAAGGCCGACGUGAGGGUGGAGAGAUCUACAUGCCUUUCAGUUGGAUAGAAAAGUACUUUGAGGUGUAUGGAAAAGUAGUGCAGUAUGAUGGCUAUGAUCGCUUCGAGUUUCAGCAUAGUUACUCGAAGGUGUACGCUCAACGGGAGCCCUAUCAUCCCAAUGGUGUCUUCAUGUCAUUUGAGGGUUACAAUGUGGAGGUCCGGGAUCGAGUCAAGUGCAUAAGUGGAGUGGAAGGUGUUCCUCUGUCUACUCAAUGGGGUCCUCAGGGCUACUUCUACGCCAUCCAGAUUGCCCAGUACGGCUUGAGCCAUUACAGCAAAAACCUGACCGAGCGUGCACCUCACGUGGUGGUCUAUGAUACAGCCGAGGAGAGAGAUAACAGGAUCAGCUCUGCAACAUGGGCUGUGCCAAAGGGCGGAAGUCUCAGCCGUGUCUACGACAAGAGCCGCGCUUCCUCAGUCCGACAGUUUAGUGCUCCAGAGUCCUCGGGGGGUGUAUCACUCCCGCUAGAUAACACCAAAGACUUCAUCCUCAGCUUGGACAUAAAGUUCACCUCCAACGGCAGUUUGUCUGUCAUGCUCGACACUACAGAGAAAGGCUCGCCGUUCACUAUCCACUAUGUUACCAAUACGCAGCUCAUCGCCUUCAAAGACCGUGAAAUCACCUAUGGAAUAGGGCCGCGCACCAUCUGGACCUCCCUGACACGCGAUCUGGUCACAGACCUCAGGAAAGGCGUCGGUUUGUCUAACACCAAGGCUGUGAAAUCCACUAAGAUCAUGCCCAGGCGAGUUGUGCGAUUACUACUACAUGGGAGGGGCUUUGUUGACAACAUCACGAUCUCCACCACAGCCCACAUGGCCGCCUUCUUUGCUGCCAGCGACUGGCUGCGGCGCAACCAGGACGAACGAGGCGGUUGGCCCAUCAUGGUCACGCGUAAAUUGGGUGAGGGCUUCCGGCCACUAGACCCUGGCUGGUACUCGGCCAUGGCCCAGGGCCAGGCCAUGUCUACCCUGGUGAGAGCCUAUCUCCUCACCAAGGACCAGGCUUACCUCAAUGCUGCACUCAAGGCAGUGGGACCCUAUAAGGUUCCCUCAGCGCAGCAUGGGGUCAAAGCUGUAUUUAUGAACAAAUAUGACUGGUAUGAAGAGUAUCCCACCUCACCCAGUUCCUUUGUCCUCAACGGCUUCAUAUAUUCCCUGCUGGGACUCUACGACUUGAGCGAGACAGCUGGCGAGAAGCUCGGCAGGGAAGCCGGGCAGCUGUUAAGCCGCGGCAUGGAGUCUCUGAAAGCCAUGCUGCCGCUCUUUGACACUGGGUCAGGGAGUAUUUAUGACCUGCGCCACUUCAUGUUGGGCACUGCGCCCAAUUUGGCUCGCUGGGACUAUCACACCACGCACAUUAACCAGCUGCAGCUGCUGGCAUCCAUCGAUAGCUCGCCCAUCUUUAAGGAAGUGGUUAAGCGCUGGAAAGGCUACUUGAAAGGAAUCCGUGCUAAGCACAACUAGAGCGACAAAAGGGUGAAUACGCUUUGUGUGACUGGAUGGUUGACUGAAUGUGAAGAGGAAGCGUAUAUUGUAUGUCUGUAGGUGUUGGAGUGUAGGUUUAGAAUCCUAAGGAUGGGUUUGACGUAGCUGAAGGCCUCUUAGAAAUACAGACCUUGUGUGCUCUGUUGCAGGUGUUUUGUUCUCUCAAGCACUGAUUGUAGCACACAUACUUUUCUUGAGCUAGUGUUUGUAAUGAUGCACAGACUUAGUUUACAACAUACAAGUUUGUUUUUUUUUUGUUCCCAGGAAUGACCCUUCUGUGUUGUGCUUUUUUAAAUCCAGUAGUACCUCAACUUACAAGCGUGGUUUUGUGAUGGAGCUCUUAAAGAGGAACUGCACUUGAUUUAAAAUGUUGCCCAUCGUUCACAAUCAUUAUAAAAGACAUGACAGCGGAGGUUUUUUAUUUAUGCAUUCUAAAUAUUAAAUAAAUGUGAUCAAAAGUCCACUUACAAUGGAGCCUGUAGUAGUCGCUCUAUUCUGCCAUCAUCAAAACACCUCCAUUAAGGUGUGAUAUACAGUACAUGAUGUAAAUAUAUAUGUAAUGUAGUAACAAGAACAUUUAUAAUAUUUAAUAUUUACGUAUUUUGAUCAUUUUAAGCAUACGUGGCACAUUAAUUUCAAAAACGCAUCAAAAUGUUCGCUUUUUUAUUUAACUACAUCACUGAUUGUUACUCACUGCAGACUUCAUGAAAGCCAACAAACAUAAUAAAACAUCACUUACUGUGCAAUGUCCGCUGUCAUUAGGAUGCAGACUGAUAGAAUCUAGUUAUAUUCCCGUUUGGAUGAAGAAUGACUCAUAAUCCUCGCAAAAAAUGGCUGGGUGAAACCAAGUGUCUUUUUGUGUUGUUCUCGCCAUUUCCGGGUCCUAAUCGGCAGUCAAAGUGUACCAACUUGUCGGAAUACAUCCUCAGCCUAAUACUGUCCAGGUGAAAUGCAUGAUUUAUGAUCUAGAAUGAACUUCCUGGGGGCAAGGAAGUGAGGAAACACCUCACCAGUUGAUCAUGUCGAAAUUGCACAAAAGCUUGCCAUCACGGCACCGCUAUAAAAAGUUUGUCUGCGUUAGCGCUCGUAAUAACAAUAUCACCAAUACUUGGUUAAUAUUCAAGUCACGAAAUGUAAAUGGAGUAUUGUUGGCGAAUUAAUUAGAUGAAUGGUUAUUUAUUGGAUUUUAUGGGAGAAAUCGAGGACCUCCCGUUGGCUCCCCUAUAAGCAGACUUUUAUUUCCGUUUAUUCAGAUGUUAGAAUGCAUACCAAAAAAAAUCCAUCUGUCAUCAUGUAUUUUAUAAUGAUUGUGAACGAUAGGCAAAAUUCCAGUUCCCCUUUAACUCAAGACACGUGUAUCGCAAAUCAACAUCUCCCAUUGAAAUUAAUUUAGAUACAUAUAAUUGGUGCUUGGCCCCACAAAACAUCACAAUU